AUGUCUGUGCACUGGAGCUCCGAGACAAUGAAAUGGGAAUAUCGAGAAUUGCAGGCCACGGCUAUGUCCGUGGACUAUUCGGGAAAUAAUGUUCUCUUAGCGGGUCGGAGAUGGCUAGCUAUUAAACAGCUGAGUAUUGAUGAUGACACUGGCGAUAUUAUAAAAAAAUAUCCUCGCCAAAGCAAGUAUGACGCUGCGGGUGCUGAAUGGUGCCAAACAUAUCCUGGUCAAAAAUUGUGUGCAAUAGCUAGUAAUCAGCGAGUGGAUGUAUAUGAAUGGAGGGCAGGCAAUGACCUAACAUGUAUAUGUUCACUGAAAGGCCACACUCGGGUUGUGAGUGAUACACAUUUUCACAGACAAGACCACAAUUUAAUAGCCACCUGUUCAAUAGAUACAUUCACACACUUAUGGGAUUUAAGAGAUUCAAGAAAACCUGUUGUUUCUUUAAGUGCUGUUGCUGGAGCUUCACAAGUGCAGUGGAAUAAAGUAGCCUCACAUAUUGUUGCAACUGCUCAUGAUGGUGAUAUUAAAAUUUGGGACUAUCGUAAGAAUUCUGCACCUUUACAUUACAUCUCUGCACAUCUUUGUAAAAUCCACGGUGUAGACUGGAGUCCUCACCAUGAAUAUCAAUUGGUCACAUCUAGCCAUGAUGGAAGUAUAAAAUAUUUUGAUAUAAAUAAUGCCAGAAGACCGGAAAAUGUUAUUAUGACUAAUUUUCCUGUUUGGAGAGCAAUAUACACACCAUUUGGUAGUGGUCUUUUAACUAUAGGUGUGGGUUGGGGUGGAUUACCUAGAGUUGAACAGGCGGGAGUUAUUGGUAUUUGGAUAGAAGGUACUUUAACUCAUCGAUUAGCUGGCCACACAGAUACUGUGCAAACCAUGGUUUGGAGACCCAACACUCUUCCUUCCAAUUAUCAAUUAAUUACUUGGGGCAGAGAUCAGACUCUUAGAAUAUGGACCAUGCAUCCAACACUUUUAAAAAUGUGCUCUCAUUUCCUACCGGUUGAUUCAGAUAGUGAUUAUGAUAACAUUAGUGAUGGGAGUUAUACAUCUGUUAUUAAUUCAAUGAAUGACUUGACAGGAAAUGAUAGUAAGGGUCAGGAAAUUCUAAUGAAUAAAAUUGUACACAAAACAACUACCUCAAUAGAUGAAGAAUUUGAAUCAAUAAGAGAAAUGGCGAAUAUUGAAGUGACUGAUAUGAAUAUUGAAACAAGGACAUGUCAAAUACACUCUGAACGCAAUGGUUAUACAGCCAAUUUACAAGUUACUUUUCCAAGAAACGUAACAGAACAAACUAUUCCAAAGUUCUCUUGGCUGUCUGGAACGAAUGUGGAUAGUCCGACUACAAUAAAAAUAUUACAAUCAAUCAACAGAACUGCAUACCGUAAGAAAAAAGAGGGCCAUAGAUGUCUGUUACACUGUUUGAAAACACUAGCGACAUCUAUUGAUGAGAUUCCAGUUAAGUCGAGCGAUGAUUCUGAUUCAAUGAAAUCCAGUCAGCGUAGUCAGUCUGAAAGCGAAAAUGCUGGUGACUCCUGCAUUCCAUUUCCUCGUACAUGCAGUGCAAAGUGGUGUGGCGUUAGCACUUUAGUUGUUUUUAAUAGACCAGCGAAUGCGAGAAGAUUUUCACUAAAGCACGAGACCGGCACUCCAAGAUCUAUGUCAUCAUUAUCCUUGAUGCCAGGGCUAUUCGGGUCGGGGUAUACUUCAGUUUCUCCACAUGCAACCACUACGCCUUCUCCGACUAAUGCUUCUGGAUUCCCACAGUUACAUCACAGACAUGCUUCAAAUUCCAUCACAACAUUCUAUUUCCAAGAUCGUUGGAAAGCUCAAAGUCGGCGGACAGGGAGCAUGCGUAGCCGGCACAGCAUAUCUGGUCUCGCAUCGCCACGAGUCGUAUUGUAUGCCGCUGAUGCGCUGUUUCCGAUUAGCAGGACCUUGGCUGAAAAGUAUAUCAUUGAUGCUUCCAAUCCGGUUGACAUGUGCGAACGAAACGCCAGGUUGUUGGCGGAAGAGGGAGAUAGUGAAGUCUCGCACGCUUGGGGUUUGGCUGCGCUGGCGGCUCGCUCUUUGGGGGCUCAGUCCGUUGACCAUCUCAUGUCCAGUGAAGAGAGCAUGGGUUGGGCUGGACAUCCGCUGUGCUGUAAUCUCAUUCAAGCUUUAGUAUCCCACUACGCCAAAUCGUCGGAUCUGCAGACGGCUGCCAUGUUGACGUGCGCCUUCUCCGUUUUUAAUGAUUCGGAAAACUCAAGUUCACAGUCCACCAUUAGCACGUCCAGUUGUGGUAACAACACAUCUCCGUACAAUACAGUUAACCAAUACAGUGAAAUAAGUGCGGAUGGAUGGACGUUACCAAUAAUCAUACGCAGUAACUCGUGUUCCGAAGCGGAGAACCUGAAUACCGACUAUUCGCUUUUAAAAUCUGAUCGAUCUGCUUGUGUACUAGACGAAGCAACAGUGCACCUAUAUCAUUGUUUUAAGAGGGCGUACGCGGAUGUUUUACAUCGAUGGCAGCUUCUAUAUAAGAGAACGGAGGUUAUGAAGCUUGUACGUGGGAAAUGCGAUACCGAGUACGAAGGGGAUGCGCGAUGGGAGUGCUCUCGUUGUGGGCGGGGCACUCGCAACGCGUCGUGUGGGGCGUGUCGACGGCCUGCGCUGACCUGCGCGGUUUGCGCACGCGGCGUUCGCGGUCUGGCCGUCGCAUGCGCGUUGUGCACGCAUGCUGGCCAUGCGCAACAUAUGCUCAAAUGGUUUACGCAACAUGACACUUGUCCGACAGGAUGCGGUUGCAAGUGCGUGAUGGAAGCCAACUCAGUAUGGAAAGGUGUUAAGUAUGUAUAA